AUGGGCAAUAACAGCACUUUGAUGCUUCGAGACGAAGAAAUUGAAGAAAUAAUGAAUGAAACUGAAUUUAAUCGGAACCAGAUUGUUCGCCUUUACAGUCGAUUUUUGUCACUUGAUAAAAGAGGACAGGGUUAUCUGUCGCGCGAUGACUUUCUCAAUGUUCCGGAACUCGCUGUGAAUCCGCUUGGUGAUCGAAUCAUUGAUGCAUUUUUCACUUUAACCGGCGGAGAUGAGGAGCAGCAAAUCAAUUUUCGGCAAUUUGUCAAAAUUCUAGCUCAUUUUCAACCGAUUUCGCGAUCCAAGAAGAAUUUACUGAAUUCGCGUAAAGACAAACUUCUUUUUGCAUUCAAGAUGUAUGACUUAAACAAAAAUGACUACAUCACCAGGGAAGAGUUCAAGGUAAUUCUGAACAGUAUGGUUGGAGCGAACAUUACUUCGGAACAGCUUGAUAAAAUUGCCGAUCGAACGAUCGAGGAAGCGGAUGCCGAUCGUGAUGGAAAAAUCUCGUUUGAGGAAUUUUGCCGAGCCAUGGAGAAAACCGACAUCGAAGAGAAGAUGUCGAUUCGAUUCCUUAACUGA